AUGAAACCAGCGUUAGUGUUUUAAGCGUAUUCCAGAUACUUCAUGUAAAAAAAUUUCAUCUUUUCCAUUUACCUGUACAUCAAGCCCUCGAUGAAAGAAACUUCGAAAACCGUUUAAAUUUUUGUUAAAUAUACGUCAAUAUGAAAAUGAUGAAAUAUUUUUUACAAAAAUAUUAUUUACCUAUGAAGCAUCUUUUACAAAUCACGAUCAAUUAAACCUGAGAAAUAUGCAUUAUUGAUUGAGAAUCCACGAUGGUUUAGACAGAUUGAUAGGCAGAAGCCAUCUAAAUGUUUGGUACAGAAUUGUAAAAUCUCGCUCAACACAAGUUUCACAAUAAUUGAAAAAAAAUCUAAGUCAUUUGGAAGUUAUAUCAUAAACAUAUCUGUAUUUUUUCAUGAGCUACGAGAUGGAAUAGAAAAAAAUACAUUUCUUACAUAA